CCUCCCCCCGCCCCCGCCCCCCCCCCGGGCUGGGGUCAGGAUCAGGAUCGGGCCCGCCGGCCCAGCGCUGAGGGUGCCCCGUUGCAGGUGGAGGAGCUGGCGCUUCGCUCCAUGAUCAGCUCGCGGGAGGAGCUCGUCACCGUCUCGUCCUCUGCCGUCGCCGCAGACGAGGCGCAGAAGGCUCUUGGGCAGAUGGACAACGAGGCUGCUAUCAAUCAAACUGAAUUGCAGUUAAGUAUUCAAGAGCUUGAGGAGGAAGAGGAAGAGGAGGAGGAGGAGGAGGAAGAAUUGGACUCCUGAAAGGGGAAGCGUGGGAAAUAAUUAGUCUCUUUAUCACGGACUCAGGAACAUCCCUAAUGUUCAAGCAAAACUUCCCAUCAGGGCUGGUUUUUGAGGGGGAGGGUGGGGGGCGGAGGGGGCCGGACGCAGAUCUGAACUACACGCACAACUGACUCGUGAAGAGCUCCAAGGAGGUUAGACGGAUGGCACAAGACAGCACACGCCAGGCAAAACCUUGUUCUGGGUGUAAAAAGAGUGGAAAGUUUUUGCACAAAUAUGUAGCAUGAUCCUUUUUACUUUUAAAAGCCUAACAUGGAGUUUACCAAGUGUUUGUAUAUAGUGGGAAAAAGUCCUUAGUCAAGUUAAAUUAAGUAGUGCACUAAAAGCAAUAACCUGUCCAACUGUAAUUCUUAUUGCUGAGAUUUAAUAGCAGAGCUCAGCAUUUCGCUGCUGAGCUAAUGGUACUGUAUAACCUCAUCUGCAUAGGCUGAGAAUUUUUUAACAUGCAGGAAGAAGGAAUGUGGUCCAAGACGGUUUUUGCAUGCUUGUUUGCAUCGGUGCAUUCUCAGCUGUGUGGAAAACUCAAUGUCGUACUCCCUACAAAUGUGACAGAAAUGAAGUAUUGGUGCAUUGGGAGCAGGAGCUAUUGCACUAGGGGCUCUGAAUGCCAGCUUCAUCCUGAGCCCGACAGCAAAGGAACCUCUCCGUAUCACUGGUGCUUUCCUCACGCUGCACUGUCAGCGUGAAUGCGAAGGUGAAGGAGACCAGUAUUUUUAAACCAGGUGCAAAUUGUAGAGUCCCAGGGAAGCUCCUGUUGAAGAGUAGCAGCCGGUCAGCAUCUACCUGUGCCCAGGUGGCAAAAGAAAAGCCACUUUACAACUUCUUCCCUGAACUGGGAUAACACUUAAACUAGGUUUGUCAUCCUUUUCCCAUAGCAAGUCUAACAUGUACUGGAGUUUUUCCAGCAGAGCUGUGCCUGGCAGGGGUAUGAAAAGAUAGCACCUGGCCUGGGGGGGGCCGGUCUACCAGCUGCCAGAGCUUGGCUCCGGUGGCAGAAAAUCGCCUGUCAUCAGUGUUGUCCUCACCGGGGAGUCUGACCGCUGUCAUGUAGCAGCCAACCUGGCAUGUAGCUUUAACUUAAUCUUUGUAAAGCCAUCUUCAGCUUCGGGAUUUGUACCAGAGGAAGUCUCUUGGGAUUGUUACUUUAGGAAGUGCAAGUUGAGCCCUUCCGGAAUCCUUGCAAUGUUAUGCUAAUCACUUAGUGUCACGUAUCGGCCAACAAAGCAUUUUCUCCUCUUCGAUGGCAUGCAGUUACAAGACUGAGGCAGCUGGUUGUUGUAUCAUCCCUUAAAUGGUUGUAUGGAAACAUAGAAAACCAAACCUGUACUGAUGCUGAUAAAAAUAGGAAAUAAAAUAGUAUCUUGAA